AUGGUGAUAAUCAAGGAGCUGGAGGAAAUAGAGUUCAUUACGAACAACGAAGAACUGGAGGAGUACAUGAUGAACAACGAGGAGCUGGAUGAGAUUGAUUUCAUCACAAACAACGAAGAAAUGGAGGAGUACCUGAUGAACAACGAAGAGCUGGAGGAGAUGGAGUUCAGUAUGAACAACGAAGAGAUGGAGGAGAUGGAUUUAAACCCUUGUUUUCCAGAAACAAUCACACAUGUAGGAGAAUCAGAUGUUCCAACCAGAAAUAAAAAGAAUCUCACAAAUGAACAACGUCUAGAUAUUUUCCAUUUCUUAUUGAAGGAGAGUAAGAAGGGACGACCGCAAAAACGCUCAGUCCCAAUGGCAGCGCAACUAUUUUCAACAUCAGAAUCUACAGUAAAACGUAUAUGGAAACGAGGAAAAGAUUGUGAAGCAAAGAAAUUACCUUUUGACGUGUCUUCACGAAAACCAACCAGAGUUCGUCCUAAACCCAAGAAGGUUGAUUUCAGCAAGAUAAUGGAAAUACCAUUGCGAAGACGCACCACCAUAAGAUCCAUUGCCGAAGCUUUGAACAUGCCCAAGUCAACUGUCCAUAGAUACGUCAAGAAAGGAGCGAUUAAAAAACACACGAACGCAAUAAAACCAGCCUUCACAGUGGACACGAAGAAAGCACGGUUAGAAUUCUGUUUGGGAAUGCUUGAGCUUAUCCCUUACAAGGAUAAUAUGAUGACCAAGCCCAUGUAUGAUGUUAUACACAUAGAUGAGAAGUGCAGUAGCUCGUCCUAG